AUGCAACUAACACAAUUAAUUUGUUGGUCUGUAAGAGCAUUCGCUGAAUUAGAAAUUGAUGUAAUUAGUGUUGAACGAAUUCAAGAAUAUUCUAAAUUAAAAAGCGAAUCAUUAUGGGAGGAAACAAAAUCAUUGACAAACUGGCCAACGAAUGGAGAAAUUACGUUUGAGCAAUUAUCUGUUCGUUACAGAGACGGUCUUGACCCUGUUUUGAAAGAUAUAUCAUUUAAUGUACAACCAGGAGAGAAAAUAGGAAUUGUUGGGCGAGCUGGUAAAACGUCAUUAUGUUUGUCUUUAUUUCGAAUUAUUGAACCGAUCAGUGGUAGAAUAUUAAUUGAUAAUGUUGAUAUAUCACAAUUAGGUUUACACGAUUUACGAUCCAAAAUUACAAUUAUACCACAAGAUAUGGUAAUAUUUGAUGAAACGAUUCGUUUCAAUUUGGAUCCUAAUGGAAUUUAUAGUGAUGAAGAAAUAUGGAAUGUUUUAGAAUUAUCACAUUUGAAACGUCGAAUAAUUCAAUUAGAAAAUGGACUUUUAUAUCACCUGAUCGGUGGUGGAGAAAUCCUAAGUGCUGGUGAAAAACAAUUACUAUGUUUUGCUCGUGCAUUAUUACGCCAAAGUAAAAUUUACGUGCUUGAUGAAGCAACAGCAUCAAUUGAUUUAGGAACAGACUAUUUAAUACAGGACACAAUACGUAAAAUGUUAAAUAAUACAACAGUACUAACAAUAGCACAUAGAUUAAAUACAGUAUUAGAUAGUACAAAAAUUCUUGUUCUUUCGAAUGGAACGAUUCAACAAUAUGAUUCGCCAUCUAAAUUAGCAUUAAAUUCAAUUCAAAUUUCUGAAUUAUUAAAAGAUGUGAAUAUUCUCGCGUAA